CCGUCUUUUUCUUGCGGCAAUACCUCCUUUCCUUUUUCAAAUGAAGGGGUUGAGUCGCGCACACAAUGAUGCGCGGUUUUUUUUCAAUCCCUCACAUUAUCAUACCGCGGUACCUGAUUUAAAAAAUUACAAAACAGUGUUAUAGAUUAUUGAUAUAUUUUCAUAAUUGUUAACUGAUUUUCUAAUCUUAUUUUAAUUUAAUUGCUGUUUCUCGGACUUUCUUUACUAAUCUUAACUGUCUGUUUUUUAGUUGCAACUAAGUACAUAACAGUCAAGAAAGUUGUGGAGAAUGUACGAGAUGAGAAUACAACCAUGACGCCUGAAAUGGAAAAAUUGUCUCGGGUUUACAUUGAAGAGACAAAGUACCGUGAAAAACUUCAAUCCGAACUCAAAGUAUUAACUGAAGAGUGCGAAAAGCUACGAGAGAUGCUUAAAAGUAAAGAGUGUACGUGCAACGUUAAUAGGAGCCCUGGACUUCAAAUAUUAUCGGAUGUAAAUGGACGUAAUGUUAAUCGGAAAAAAGGAGGUGAACGUUAUACACAUCAAGAAAUGUUGUUUGCAAUUGGAAUCUAUAAGCGUUCACCCAAAUGUUAUAGCUACUUGCUUGAUUUUAUGCAGCUUCCAAGUGAGAGUACGCUGAAACGAGCUUUUUCAAAGAUUUCAUUGAAACCUGGGAUUAAUCCCGUAAUUUUUGAAGCUCUAUCCAAAGCAGCGAAGCGUCUAGAUCCAAAAGACUUGUAUUGUAGUGUGGUCAUGGACGAAACUACAAUCAAAUCUCGAGUGAUGUAUUAUGAAGGAAGUGACUCCUUAAUUGGAUAUCAUGAUGAUGGCGAAAACGUAAAACCUGAAUUGGCUGAUCAUGUGACCGUUUUCAUGUUACAGUCGAUAAAUUUUAAAGGUCGACAACCUCUUUCAUUUCAUUUUACCAAGGGACCAAUGAGCACAGUUGUUUUAUAUUCGUUUAUAAAAAAAAUCAUCCGACUUAUUAACGACACUGGAUUUAAAGUAGUUGCGACAAUCUGUGAUCAAGGUUUUACUAACAGAGGAGCUUUUAAAAUGCUUGCGGAUGAAACAUUGGAAAGUUGGGAUAACAGCUUCUUCAAACUUCCGGAGCAUCCUUUGAGAAUUCAUAUUUUCUUUGACAUUUCUCAUUUAAUAAAAACCUCAAGAAACAACUUCAGUGGUACUAUUGAAAUCUGGUCAAAAGACAAUCCUUCAAAGCAUCGAAGUGAAUACUCUGGCAACAUUAUCGAAUUCAAUGGGAGAAGAGGUUAUUGGAAAGAUGUUGUUCAGCUGUAUUAUGCGGAUCCUGAUUGUCAUUUAAAAGAAGACCACAUUUAUUUAACUAAUACAUCUAAAAUGAAUGUGGAUUUAGCUGGCCAAGUAUUAAGUUCCAGACUAGCACAAAAACUCAAUGCCAUAGGUUCAUCGAAUCCAGAAAUAUAUCCGACUGCGUGUGAUACUGGUAUCGUUAUUGAAGAACUUGAUACACUGUUUGAUUCUCUCAACGGCAGUAAAAUUAGUGGAGUUGAUAGGAAGAUUCAGUCAUCUCGAGCUCCGGUUACGUCAACUUCCUAUCAUUGGGACUAUUGGAAUGGUGUUUUAAAAUCUUUAGAUACUUUCCGAUACGUGAAAUUAUUGAAAGACGGAACUGAGAAAAAAAUUGACACUCCUACACCAGCAGCCUUGAAAAAUAAUGUCAAAGCAGCUAAAGGCUUAUGCAGUUUUCUUUUGGAAAAAGCAGGCCUUGAAAGCAUCAAUUUGCGAUUAGUCACACAAGAUGCUUUGGAGAAUCUGUUCGGCUUGAUUAAAAAUUUGCAAGGAUGCAAUCAUACAUUGACCGCAUUGCACUUCUGCAGUGCAUUCAAAAAUACAUUGUUGACAACUUUUGCAAAAUUUCGUGCUCCAGGAUCAAAUUGUGAAAAUGAAGACCUUCCAGCGAUGAUUGAAUUGGAAGAUUUAUUAACAGCAAAAAUAACUGAAGAAUUGGAAAAUGAAUCUACAAACGAAGCCUCAGAAAAUUCUAAAGCAAUCUUCGACGACUUUGAUCCACCACAAAUACACCUGGAGGACAACAAUGAAGAUUUAAAUUUCUUUUUUAAUUUAAACGAACCAGAACUUGUCAACGAUGCAAUCAACUCAACAAAUGAUUUGAAGAUAUCGGACCCCAUACUAGAUUCAAUGGCUAAGUACCUCAAGAAAAAUUGUUGCCCUAACUGCAAAUCAUGUAUUUUUGAAAAGAACUCCAGGAAUACCAAAAAUUUCACCAGCAUUGAGACUCAACAUCAACGACGGAAUUAAAAUUUUCAACGAAAGUUAUGCUAAUCAAUUACAUGAACUAAAUAUCAUCAGAAACAUCAAGACAUUUCUGGAAAGUUUCUUUUCUGUGAAUUGGAAUCAGUGUAAAGAACAUCGUGCAAAAGAUUUAAACAGAGAAAUUAUUAAGAAGCUUGUUGAUUUAUUAAUACGUCGAGAAUGUAAUAAAAUUAAUAGUAAAUUAGGAUCCGAAGAAGCGAAAUCAGCUAACGCCGCUAAAAUAAGAGAUUUAAUGGGAAAAGCCAAGUGAAUUACAAUAUCAAGAUUGAAAAGACUGUGGAAAUUUAAGCAGACAAAGCAAGUUAAAUAAUAGAGCUAAAUGUAACAGCUAAAUGAGUUACAAAAUUAUCAUGAAAGCGAUUCCAAAAAUCCUAGCAGACAAGAUUGCGAUAUAGAGUUCAAUGAAUUACAUCCAAGAAGUUUAUGAUUCAUCAGGAGUUACCCGGCUGUUAUAUAUUUUUUGAGAA